AUGGAUGGAUGGAAGCCCGGCACGGAGGAGAGCUUCCUGCUGGAGCUGAGCGGGCUGCUGCGGGAGCUCCACUGCCCCGAUCCCGUGCUCACCGCCGGGGAGCCCGCCGUGUGCCUCCGCCAGCCCUGCACCCGACUGCGCCUGCUCCGUUUUCUCUGCUCAGAGGUCCAGGCGGCCCGACUGCUCCGUCGCAAGACGCCCCGGGUCCGGUCGCAGGAGGAAGGGGAGCGGCUCUGGAAAACCAGGGAGGAACUGACCCUCAUCUGCGAGGCCUUAGGAAUGCCCUCUCCCCAGCCUGGCACCGCCCCCAGCCAACUGUUUCAGGAGCUGCUCGCUAAGAUCUCAGAGCUGCUGCCCUUGCUGCCACCUGGACACCUGGCUCCUCUUCUGACCAGCUCCCUGGACUCUGCCCGCUGGGUGGUGGUCGGCGAGAUUGACCGGAGCCUGCGGGCCGAAUACGGCUGUCGCCGCCGCAUGCUGCUCACCCGGUUGGACCUGACGGCCGCCUCCUUCCACUGGGCCGAGCGGGCACAGGCCCAGAGUGCCGCCAUGGCGACGAGGCUGGCACCCCUGCGGCAGGCGCUGUGCCCGGAGCCCGGGGUCUCCGUCGCCCACCUCCUGGCCGCCCGGGCCGACCUCUCCCGCCUUGUCCCCGCCACCAGCCCGGCUUCCCGCGCUGCCACCAGCUGCCCCGUCAACAAGGUUCUGAUGGGCACUGUGCCAGACCGAGGGGGCCGCCCCAAUGAACUCGAGGCGCCCAUGCCCUCUUGGCAGAGUCGGCGAGAAGGGGGCCAACAGCGCUGGGGCCAGAAGGGCAGGAAGAAGAAAAAGAGGUGACGGGGAAGGAGGCGCAGCCAUGCCCCUCUUUCCCCUCAGCGCCCGUUGGUUCAGUCGACCUCCUGCUCCCCUGUUCGUGGCUUAGGUUCUGCCCAUGCCCAGUGGAGGGAGGGUCCCGGGCAGUGGUCAGGGCAGGGAGACGAGGACGACGAGAGCCCUGCCGCCAAGGCCUCGAUUGCUCCCUUUCCCCGACCGAAAACCGCUGUUCCGUUUCUGGAAAAAUAGAUUUAAUGUAUAACGUC